CAGGCUCGGACCCAUUGUCUCAUCUCUCUCGGUGCCGCCGCGUCGUCUCCUUCCCCCCAAACCCCCCACCCCAAACCCUACCCGCCGGCAGUCCUGGCCGCCAGCCGCCCAGCCCGCCACACCCCUCGUCCUCGGCUCCGCCUGCGCGCCGCGCCGCCGCCAGGAGCGAUUCGCAAUCUCGGUGUGGAGGAGCCCCUGUAGCCGGCACCCGCGGGCCGCUCCCGCCUUCCUUAAGCGCCGGCGCCGCCCCGUACGCGCAAAAUCCCUCUCAGAGCCCACCGGGAGAGAGCGGAAAAGCGGGGGGAGCAGAGGGCGAUGGCGUCGUCGGAGGGCGACGCGAACAAGCUGUGGCGCAUCCGGCGCACGGUGAUGCAGAUGCUGCGCGACCGCGGGUACCUGAUCUCUGAAACCGAGGACAUCGGCCUCACUAAGGCGGACUUCGUGGCGCGCUACGGCGACCCCGUCCGCCGCGACGACCUCAUCAUCAGCCGCCACAAGAAGGACAGCCCCGCCGACCAGAUCUACGUGUUCUUCCCGAACGAGGCCAAGCCCGGCGUGAAGACGAUCAGGAACUACGUCGAGAAGAUGAAGCAGGAGAACGUCUUCGCCGGCAUACUCGUCGUGCAGCAGGCGCUCAGCGCGUUCGCACGCAGCGCCGUGCAGGAGGUCUCCCAGAAGUACCAUCUGGAGGUCUUCCAGGAAGCUGAGCUUCUUGUGAACAUUAAGGAGCAUAUCCUAGUGCCGGAGCACGAGCUCCUGACACUGGAAGAGAAGAAGACGUUGCUAGAGCGGUACACCGUGAAGGAAACCCAGAUACUUUGUGUUCUGAUGAUAUCGAACUGUCUGUGAUGCAGCUCCCCCGGAUUCAGAUUACAGACCCGAUAGCAAGAUACUACGGCAUGAAGCGUGGGCAGGUUGUGAGGAUCAUCCGACCCAGUGAAACUGCUGGAAGAUACAUCACCUACCGCUACGUUGUCUGAGCUUCCCCUACAUUUCCCAUGGCUUGAGCUUCUGCCGUGAACCAUGACCAAGUGAAAAUUUUCCCCUAGCUUCUAAUCUCGCUGUGUACUUUGAAACACUGUUACCGCUGAGAACUUGAAGUGCCGUCGAAGUGCUCUGGUGCUUUUCCCUGAGAACUGAUUGACGUUACGCUGUUUUAGCACUAUAAUUAGUUUUCCUGUAGCUGUAGCUGCGUUACAUCUAUGAAAUCGUUGUUCCGAUUUGAAGAGGACAAGCUUUGACC